AUGAGCGUCUUGUGGGGCUACAUCAGUCCAUCACGGAUAGGUGAGCCGGCUCGUCCUAAAGGCAAAGCAGCUCAAGCACUCGACAAGACUGGCCUCCAACGAGUACUAGAACUCUACUGCCAAUUGAAGUUCACCUUAUUCGCCAUCGCCAUCGCAUGUCCUGGCUUCGACGGCUACGACACGAGCACGGCCAUACUAUUCGACCAACAUCGUGGUGGUUUCAACUCAUCCUUCGCAUAUGUCGUCGAGCAUAUGGUCCGUAAGCUCACACGAUGGGACACGAUCUAUUUUAUCUCAUCGGCCACGCGAGGAUAUGUUUAUGAGCAGGAACGAGCGUUCAGUAGCUUCAUGUCCAGCCUGACCUCUUUCGUCGCCAGAGUCUUCUUCUCCUAUCUACCACUUUCGUCUGUCGUCAAGUCUGCGCUUGCAGGGAUCCUCAUCUCCGUGGUCUCGAAUCUGAUGGCUACUAUCGUGCUCUACAAGCUUGUUCACUUUCUUACGCCUGCAAAUGAUGCACGGAAGCGUCAGAUGGCGUUCACGACAGCAUGCCUUCACAUCAUCUCGCCUGCUGGUAUCUUUCUGCUUGCCGGAUAUCAUGAGUCCGCUUUCGCUCUUCUGAGCUUCCUCGGGCUGUAUUGCUACAUCAGCGCCAUUGACAACCGCUUCUCCAACUACGCAGAUGCAUAUCAGAUCGAUGCUGUCUACACCAUUUCUGCUGGCUUCUGGUUCACGCUGGCUACUAUGGUACGAUCGAAUGGCCUCUUGAGCGGCCUCGUAUUUGCAUGGGAUGCUGCGGCGAUGGUCCAGGAUCUGCCUGCCGCUCUUCGCGUGAGAGACACUGAGCGUCUUGCUAGGUUUCUGGCCACUUUGAUCGCUGGAUCCCUGAUCGCUGUCGGCUAUGUAUCGCCGCAGGUCCAUGGCUACAUGGAGUUCUGCACAGCAGGUAACACUCGACCCUGGUGUGAUCAGAUGCCGCCGAGCAUCUACAGCUUCGUACAAUCCCACUACUGGGAUGUAGGCUUCCUACGUUAUUGGAAAGUGUCCAACCUCCCGCUCUUCGCACUCACAUUUCCUAUCGGCUGGCUGAUGGUCGAGACGACCUUCCCAUCACUAUUCCAAGUCCACCAUAUCAAUCGCGUACUACAUGGCAGCACAAAAGCAGAUGAAAAACUCCAACCGUAUCCUCCCAUCCCGGCAACACGCGCGGAGAAAGUCUUCCAACACUGUCUCCCGCGCUUCGCCUUGCCACAACUCGUGAUUGUUGCGUUGGCAGCUACGACAUUCCACUGUCAGAUCCUGAAUCGGAUAUCUUCUGCCUACCCGGUCUGGUACUUCAUUAUCGCUGCGGAAAUAUGUCUUAUGGACUGGGAGGGAGGAGCAAGUCCGAGGGUUGAGAAGCAAGUGCGACGUGGUGGUGGCGAUGAGAGAAAAGCGACGAAGGGGAUGUUCAGGUUGUUUGGGAAUUAUGAUCGGAUACCUUUUGCGAGGCCGGAGUGGAUUGCUAGAGGGUUUGUGGUUUAUGCUGUUGUGCAGGCUGGCCUUUACGGUGCUUUUCUGCCGCCGGCUUGA